AUGUCAGCUCCUACUCUGGGCGCUCACCACGACGGUGAUGUUGGCAUCCCGGAUGAUGAGAUGGCACUUCCUGUAGGCUUGAACGAACUCGUCGAUCUCGUGCAAAACCGCGAGGGCCUGGACCAGGACGAGUCGCAGCUCCUAGCCCACGUAGCACUCCAGCAGCUUCGCAGCCAACACCGGCAACAGGAAGGUCCAGUCACCGCAAAUGAGGUGAUCGAGGCCAUCAAAGUGUACGCCAUCCGAGAGCUUAUGGAAGAUCAUCGGAAGAAUCUCAGGAGGCAAGGCCGGGAGGAGGUUUACCAGUGGGGUCAGCAAUUUCUCAGGGGGGAGAAUGGGCAAAAUGCGGCUCCAGAAGAGGGGAGUGGGCAAGGACCAGCUCCAUCAGAGGAUAGUGAGCAAGGUACAACUUCAGAUGAUGAUAGUGAGCAAGAUACGGCUUCAGAAGAGGAGACCGAGCAAGAUGCAACUUCAGAAGUCGAUGAUACAGCUCUACAGGAGGACGAUUCAGCUCCAGAUGAGGAGAGCGAGCAAGACACGGCUUCAGAAGAGGAGGCGGACGAUGCCAGUUCGGCAUCUGGAUCUGUGGAGGCUACAGACGACGGUGAUUCGAGCGAGUGGGGGGAAGGAGAACUACAUGUUUCAACUGAAACGGAAAUUGUCGAUGGUCUUGCACGCUUGAAGUUCACCUUCACAGACGAAGCUUUACAAAGAUUCUUUGGAGGGAGAGAUCCGUAUCUGAAACCUUCAGACGAACGCGUUGUCGAAACACCGGACCCCGAACAACGAGAUAUUCUUACUGCGCUCUGUAGCCAUCCAGUCCUUGCUGUUGAGCUUGGAAAGCAUCUUGCCCCUCAAGAUAUGAUAAGCCUCUUCCUUUCUUGUCGAACAUUUCAUACUUUCAUACAUAACUAUAUGCUGUCGAGCAUCCGCACAUGGACCGCAUACCGCUUCCCGAAAGCUGGAGCGACGUUUCCGUACCGGCUGUACAAGCCUCUUCUGAUGUCAGAUCCUCGGGGCCGCGCGUGGGAUGGCGAGGAACAGGAGGAGCCAGAGCCAAAGAAAAUCCGCUCCAUCCCCGGCCUGAAGUACUAUCACCUUCUGUGGACUCGAGAUCGUUGCUCCAGGGACAUUGUUGCCAUCAUGGCCCGCAACGGGCAUCGCCUACCCAAGACGAUGUAUACGACUCUUCUCAGGAUGUGGCUACUCAUGGACCUGUCUACCAACACUCAACGACGAGCCUUGAUGCAUAAUAAGGAAAUCUGGACAGAUAUUGACCUCUACAAUGCGCAACUCUUCUUUGUCAAGCUAGGAAUGCACUUCAACGACCCCGUCUACGGCCCCAACACUUUGGAGCUGCUCCACCUGAUGAUGGGCCAGCGCGGCCUAUACCCCCUGUGGCAACUGCUCAUGCGCAAGAGAUUCACCACCCUUCCCGAGAUCUUGCAGCUCAAGGUCCAGUAUGAUAUGCAGAUGCCACCGGACCACUGGGGCCACGACUACUAUGGCCGAGAGAUACACGACGUUCCGUUUCACGAGGUUGGCACAGGUCACUACGAGGGAUGGGGCAAAGGGAGCACUCACCUCCAGCGUCCUGACGAGCUCAUCCCCCUCGAGGCCGUUUUACGCGGCCUUGAACUUGACAAGCACCUCCCUCACAUGAUCCUCUGGGGCUACUUCGACUGGAAGACGGGCGAGAACCUGGUCCCUACAGAGGAGGAAAUGUACAUUCCGGAUGAGGAGAAGGCUCUUGAGCACAUGGACACGACACACCAUUGGAAGAAGCGGCACGUCAUGAAGAAACGAUGGGCGAAGCUCACCGAGGAGGAGCGGCAAACCCUCAUCGAAGACGACGCGGACGAAAACCUGCGGGCCCAGGCCUGGAUGGACGAAGAUGCCGACUCCGAGUCCGACGAGGAUGCGCCGUAUAAUCCCAAUGACGAGAUUGCCCGCGGUUACGUGAUGCCGCCGUGCCCAGCAGACCGCGAGUCGACAGUCCCUCCAGUCAGUGAUAAGGAGGGAUGGCAAAGCUUCAUCGGCACCGCUCUUAUUGGAAUGGCUCCUGAACUCGAUGAGGACGAGGUUUUGUGUGCUCAAGCCUGGCAGGAAUAUGGGGAUGAUCAAUUUGAGGAUGGCUUUGACUGGGAGGAGUGGCUCGGAGAAAGAGAGAACCAGAGAGCCACGGCCCUCGCUGUGGAAGGCGCAAAUGCAGCUGCGGACGACGACGAUGAUGAUGACGAAGAAGACGAAAAUGCAGUUACGGAUAACGACGACGAUGUUGAUGACGAAGAAGACGAAAAUGCAGCUACGGCCAACGACGAUGAUAGCGAGGAUGAGGAUGCUGCUAUGGAGGACCUCUAA